UUUUAUCGAAUAUCUUUUCAUUGUCUAACAUAUACAAAUAAGUAAUGAUACAAAAUACAACUAAAUAAUGAUAGCAGAAUUACAAUUUGAUGAGUAACAACUUUACGAUAUGCAAGCAAAUCUGUUUUUGGCAUAUUGAUUAUAAAAAUCACAAGAGCAAAUUAUUUAGGCCUGCAAUCAGUUCUGUUUAGAGAGGGAAAUAUCGUUUUAAACAUGGUCAAUGAAAAAUAAGACAAGAAGAAAACAGUAUAGGCGAAUAGAAGCAGAGCUUGUUGGAACGCUGGUCCGUUUUGUGGAAGCAAUAGAAAUGCAAUCAUUUGUCAAAAUAAAAGAAAGAAAACAUAAGACAGAGUAUGAGAGUUAAAUUAAACGUGGAAAAGGUGAAAUGGGAAUUUCCGUGAGAUAUAUAAAUGCUAAAUAGUCUACCCUAAAAUAUAAUAUUUCACAACUUAUCACAAUGUUUAUGAUAUACCCAUGGAGCAUAUCAUAGAGCUAUUACAGAAUAUACCGUAGUCAUUUUCCGUAAGCACGCCAUGUAUUCACUCCAAACAUUUUUGUUGUUUCGAGGGAGAUGCCCCCAUCUGGUUUCCCCAAGGCACGCUCUCUACCUUUCCUCCAUUCAAGGUCAGCAAUCGUUGCCACACCCUAGACACACCCCAGCCAUACCCCCAGCUCCAGUCACUCCCUCAACGCACCCCCCGGCGACUACCUAGAGCUGACCUAGAGCCCUGGGCCUUUGCCUUGGGAGACACACCUUCAGCGACCCGGCAUCGUUCCCAUAUGCCCCGCCAUAUGCACAGGUAAUUGGUUUCCCAAGUCAUCCCUAUGUCGUCGGUUGAAAUUUAAUAUUUUGAGUCCAUGUAAUUGUCACGAAAAUGUUUUGAAAUCCACACUGAAAAGUAAUUAUAAAAACAAAACAACAAAUGAAAACAAAUGGAACAAUCAAACAAGCAGGGCUAUCCACGCCCCCCCGGGGGGGGGGGGGGGGCACUCGACCACAAAAGUGGUAGGUAUGUCCAUCCAGGACCGAGCUAAAAAUAAGAUCACGUGUAAGCGCAUCCCUUAGUUAGUAUCUAUAUGUUUAUAAAAACACGACCCUCAAAUCAGAUAAAACAGACAAGUAAAACCUCUCAGCUCUACGUUUUUGUCCGGUUACAUCAGUAAAACUGUUUGCGAUUGAGAGCGAUUUCUUCGCGCGUCGAACUCGAAGUCUUCAACGACUUUACUCAUUCAUGUUUGUAAACAAAUCAUGAAUGACCCGUCCUACAUAAUUCAACCGCGAACAUGAAGGAAAAGUUCACUACCUCGACAUAGCUGAAGCAUUGCUUUGACCAAUCAGAUGCCCGUGCCCGCGUGAUCGCAGCUAACCUUGUGCAUGUAGCUGACGAUUGUCCAAUCAGCGCGACGGAAUAUUUCCCCCACGUGCUUGUGUGAACUUUUUGUGAAGAUCAAAACAUCCAUUGAGCUAAUAAAAUAUCUGUAUGCAAUUUUACAACACACUCAUGCAUGGUACUGGUACACGCAAAUAGGACACAAUAUUGCGAAAUUAGUGUUAGUAAUCAUUCGAACUGUCUUUACCACUGUAAAAAUUUUCUGCACAGACAUCAGACGUCUUUAUCGAGAAUAGACUGGAGUUGAUUUGUAGGAGAAAACUGGAGGAAUACGGUACUUAUCGGAAAGUUGGAUCUUAUGCCUGAAACUGAAACGAUGCAUCGACCAACCAUUUCUCCACACAUGACUCAUGUAGUCGCAGGAGGGGUUGGUGGCACUGUUGGAGCUGUCAUAACCUGCCCUCUAGAAAUUGUGAAAACCAGAUUGCAGUCUUCCACCACUGCGUUCAAACAGCUUCCCGUUAAUGGCAUAUCUGUAUCCACAGGAGGCAGCAUUAUUCAUGUUGAAGAUUGCGGAAGAAGAACAGCUAGCAUAGUAAAAUGUAUCAAACAAAUAAUCGAAGCAGAAGGAGCGACAGCAUUAUUCAAAGGCCUUGGACCAACUCUCGUUGGUGUCGCCCCAUCCAGAGCCAUCUACUUUGGUGCUUACGCCAACACCAAGAGCUUCCUGAACUCCCACCUGACACCCGAGUCAUCCAUGGUACAUCUCCUAUCUGCAGGUUCAGCAGGUUUCAUCUCAUGUACAUUAACAAAUCCCAUCUGGAUGGUGAAGACAAGGAUGCAAUUAGAUGAAAGCAAGGGGCCAGCGUAUAACAACAUGCUCAAGUGUGCAAGACAUGUCUACCAAUCAGAGGGUCUCCGAGGCUUCUACAGGGGCGUCACCGCCUCCUAUGCCGGGCUUUCAGAAACCAUGAUCCACUUUGUCAUCUAUGAGAAGAUCAAGCAGCUCAUCCAGACUCAGAACUACAGUACUUCCAGCGACCGCAGACCCUGGGACUUUGUCUGUUUCAUGGGAGCAGCUGCCACGUCCAAAACCAUUGCCUCAACAUUGGCCUAUCCUCAUGAGGUCGCAAGGACAAGAUUAAGGCAAGAAGGGAACAAGUACAGGACAUUCUUCCAGACGUUAAUGACAGUCUUCAAGGAAGAGAGGUACAGAGGUCUGUACGGCGGUCUCGGCACGCAUCUCGUCCGACAGAUCCCCAACACCGCCAUCAUCAUGGCCACUUAUGAGUUUGUGGUAUACCUUUUCAACCGAUGUUGAGUGGAUGUCUGCCGAACGAUUGUGAUAAACAAGGGAUUCAUGUGCAAUAGAGGCCCUGAAGUUCUGCUCGGUUGUCUUCUGGUUUGGCUGUCUGUGUUUUCUAUGUGGAGGAUAUGAACAAAGCUGGAAGCCGUUUGAAUGGUGUUCCUGAGUUUUCUUUUCGGACGAAAUGGACGAGGCUGGAGCCUUAAUGAUGGUUCUGAGUUUUCUAUUUGGAGGAAAUUACGAGGCAGUAACCGUUUGAAUGAAUACAGGAGAUGAACAAUGCUGAGAGUGCCGAGUAGAUUGUCAUGAAUGAAUGGAAUGGCACGUCGCUACUGCUUCAGGAUGUCAAGAAUGUUUGUGGACUGCUUAGAGUUGUAAAAAGUGGAAGUCGAAAAAUAGGGAGCUUUUCAGCUGAACAAUCUGGCUUUAAUAGGCGAAAGUCAUCUGGGAAUCAAGUACAGAUCAGUUCGAUGGACCCUCAAUUUAUUCAAAUCGGGAUCUGGUCUUGAGUAUUGCUUUUGACUUUGACAAAUUUUGGACAGCAUCAAGAGAUACAUUUUGAAGCAAGUACUUGAUCUGAAAUACAAGUCUUGUGUGUCUCUGAAGUUGAGGACAGUCCCUACAUGUAUACCUCCUUAUCAUUUCAGAACUGUGGCUGAUUCUACAAAAUAUCUGUUUUUCAAUCACCAACUUGGAAAAAUACGAUCAUGUAAGAAAACUAUAGGAUAUGUGGACUGGAGACAUUUUGAUAAUCCUUUGUGUAUGCCUUGAUAAAUAUAUAAGAAUACAAAAUGAAUAUGGGCUUUGGAUAAAGCUCUCCAAGUGCUUAAGUAUUGUAUAUUGAUUCGUCCAACCAUGAUAUUGUACUGUUUCAUAUUAACAAAUUUAUAUAUAAGGCUUUUGCAUGUUAUACAAAGUAGUAACUCAUUACUUCAUUUAAGCCUUCCAUGUAUAUGUUUGGUAUAUAUAUCUUUAGCAUGUGCUGCAUAUAAAGAGAAAUUUUGACAAUUCCAUUGUUUUUGUCAAAUAAUAUUUUGGGUGUUAAGGUUGUAAAUUAUGACUUUUGAAAAUUUGAAAUGAAAUUUUGACCUCGGUGGCUUCCUGAAACAGAUUUAGAAUUUGGAAAUUAUUAACGUUAUCGGUCGUAAACAGGAAAUGUGUCAUGGGCUUGGAAUAUGUCACUACUCAAAACCGAUCUUGUUCAUUUUUUUCACCCAAAUGUGGUCAAUUUUAUCAUCAGUACUAUAUGACUGGAAAUCAGUUCAACUUUUUAUUACAUCCAAGAAUAAAAUCAAAUACAUGUAAAGAGUGUACUUUGUAAUCAUUGAAAUUGAAGGGAUUAAACAAAGUGAUAGUUUGUUAUCUUUUUUCCUACUCCUCAGUACAAUAAUUGUUUUAUUUUUAUGUUAGACUACCUGAAAUGACAGACAGUAUUGUAUCAUGUGAUUAUUGUAGGUUAGUAACCUCAUAUUUACAUGUAUUUUAACAUGCAGUACCGGUGUAUAUUAUAUAAUUCUUUUUUCUGUUUAGUUCCAUUAAUUGAUUAUGGAAAUCAUGGUUAUUUUUCUUGCUUUCUUUAAUGUUUUUGUUUUUAUGCCCCUAGAAAUUGGUAUAAUAACGGUAUCUGUCCCUUUUUCAGGUGAGGAGGGGGGGGGGGGGGGAUCAACCCCUAUACAAGUAACUGUCUUCAAUUAUAUUGCAUACCUGUGCAUUAUGUGCUUUGUAUUGGUAAUUUAGAUUUUCCUGUCAGUUUUGAAUGAGAACUGGUGGGAAGCAGUGCUUUUGAUAUUCAAAAGUAGAAACUGUGUCAUCUACUUGUUCAUUAUCAGAAAACUGUGCCGUUUUGAGAUAUGUGUAUGAGUUUUAUAAUUCUUUUGUAUGUUACCAAACCAUAUUCUCAAGGAUACAUGCAAGUCUGAUAUUUGGCAUUAUCUUUGUUUUUCUAGGUGAUUUCCCUGUUCUAAUAAACUUCACAUUGCUGAUGUUUUUGUGGGAGAAAGACUGAAAUAUGAAUGAAAGAACACAAAAUAGAGAAUGGGGUUAAAAGAACCCACAAGUGCUUCACAGCUUCAAGCAUUGUGGUUGUUCCAAGCAGCUAAAUAGGGGGAUGAAAAUUGCAAGGAGGGGAAAGUCUACCAAGUUCUUAGAUUUUUCUCAGAGUUUCAUAGUACUUUUGGAUGAAAUGGACAAAUUUUAAUCUUAGACUGCCUUGGAACUCCCUUUUGGCUAUUUUUGUGAACUUCAGUCUAAAAAUGUUAAAAGAUUUAUGGAAUGGCCCAUUUGGUGAAACUUUCUUUGCGUGUGCAUGAAUGAAGUACAUGUACAUAUAUGUUCUAACGAGUCUUAGCAACAGUGGCCAGUUAGUGUUCAGUAUUAAGCUCAAUCAUGUGUUUUAUCACUCAGAUUUGUUUUCAUAUAAUGAAAAUUGACAGUACAAUGUGAUCUUUACAUACAUGUACAUACAUGACAUUCUAUCAGAGUUUCAUUUUUCUAUCUUUUUGCCCUUGUCAUUAUUGUGCAUAUAUCCAUAUAAGAUUUGUUUGCUGAGCUAAGACCCAUUUACAUGUAUUUACUUAAUAAUAUUUCCUUUAAUGUAUUUGUAUACAAUAAUCAACAGUGGAGGUGUAUGUAAACAGCACCAGGAGAUCAUUGUGAAAUGUACAUUAUGUACAAAUGUAUUCAAUGUAAAUUACAGUGUAUAAACUAUAAACUAUAUUCCAGGCAUGUAGUUUACAAUGCCUUCAUAAUGGCAGGGCAAAGGUGAACUAGCAUUACAAUUCUGCACAAAACCCUACUUAUCAUUUAUUUGGCAUGCAUUGUUAAAGAAUUUGUCUUCCUGGCAUUUAUGAGUUCCUCACUGCCUACUGUUAGCAACAACCCUGGUUCAACAAUCAACAUGAAAUUGAUCAGCUGAUGUACAUGUAGGUGAGGGUGGGGAGUGAAAGGGGGGUAUCGUAAAUGCAGGGUUAGCUAUUUCUGAACCAUGUGACGUGGUGCGACAUAGCUGGUAGGGCAUCAAUAUACAACAACCUGUAUCGUUUACAUGCCUGAGAAUGGCAGGGGUCAUGUCUCUGCAAUGCAAAGGUAUGAUAACAUGAUUAUGCAGGCUAGUCUGGUUUGAUACUGACACAUGGACUGAUCUUUUAUUCUAAAAAAACAACAUGAAAAGUAAAUUAAACAAACAAACAAACAAAUCAACCACAACAAUGUAGAUAAAAUGCUAUACCAGCCAUUUUCUGAAGAAGUUAUUUUUUCAAAGUUUUUAAACUUGCAAUGCAUGAACAAAGUACUGAUGUGAUAGAAAUUAAUCUACCAGUAAGUACAUUGUUGACAUCCGUAAAGUCUCAUUUUAAGUGCCUUGAAAAUUGACUUGAAUGUUCUUUUUAACAAACCAUGUAUGGGUCAUAUUAGAAUUGAAUGAAGAGCAGUGGAAUUGCAUAACUCUCAAUGGCCCUCGACAUUACUUUGCAUGUGCAUACAGUUAUUGUUCAACACACCUGCAAGAAAUCAAGUGUUUGAGAUCAUUCAAAUCUUGCAAGUGGUUGCAAAUACUUUGGUUCUGAAAAUAUGUGUUUUUGGAAGAAAAAAAAUUAUCAUUGAGAUUACAUACCCCCCCACAGAAAAUACUAAUUUUUUUUAAUGAAAGGGAUUUUUAUGGUCUAACUUGUAUUUUAUUAAUGAUCAAUGCAAAUAUUGUUUGUUAAUGAUCAAUGCAAGAAUUUUAUAGUAAUGAUCAAUGCUAAAAUUGUUCUGUGAGCUUCCAUAAAACAUUGCUUAAUAAUGCAUACUCGUCCCUGUAACACAGUGCUUAGGGGUUAAUUGUAGUGUUGACUUUACGCCUGAUCACAUUGAUCGCUAUGUGCGAUCAAGCAUACAGAUCAACUUUAAAAUCGAUCACUAAGUGCUGUGUUAAGGGACCCUGGAGUUUCAUAAUGUUUUUUUUAUGAAAUAAACAUUUAAAAAAGUGCUUUGAUGGAUGCUUUUGAUUGGUCAAGAUGUCCAAAGUUCAAACUCAAGCAUAUAUUUCUCAGUUAAUUGUCUACUUACAUUUAAUGCUAUGUAACUAUGUAUAUUAAAGAUGACAGAAACAAGUUGUAUAUUUGUUAUAUCGACAGGUAUGAAAAAAUAUUACUUCAUGAAAGAUUAUGUUUUUAUGGCAAUAAAAGGAAUUAUGAUACAUACAGUAUGUUGAAAUUGAAA